CGCCACGCCAGACCGACGCAGGUCCCAACGCUUCUCAACGACCGGACCCGGCCCUCCACCACGGACAAUUUGAAUCUGCAACGCAGUGCCUUCUCGGUUUACCAAUCAGAAUGUCGGCAUAUUACCACUUCAAUGCUCACCAGCAGCACCCAACACCUUCGACAGCUGCGGCUGUCUCGCACAGCCACCAUGGCGGCCGCAAUCGCCGGGCGGCGAGGUUAUCGGUCUCGCAGAACCCGCAGAAGCAGUUUCGGGGUGUCAGGAGCAUGAAAGAGUUGACCGAGUCGGCAACCGUCGCGGCGUACCGGUCGCGGUUCGAAGCUGUCCGGUCGUUUGACCUGGAGGAUGACAUGGAGUUCUGUCCGGGACUGUUGACCGAGAGCGACCUUGUGUCGAUUCACAGCUCGUCGUCCGAGCGGUCAUCCUUGGCUAGUAAUUCGCCGCAAGGUUCGCCGACCCAGCAGCCCACUCAGGUCGCCUCGACCUUCUCGUUCCACUCGUCCUCGCCGUCCUUUAUUCCGCCGGCGUACCAAAGCCAGCAGUCGCCUUUGAAACUCCACCAACCUUCUGCCACGCGCGCCCGCAACGCCAUCCCAAUCAUCAACCCUGCCACCGGCGUCUCCAUGUCGAGCCCGCCGCCGUCGGUGUCGCCCUCCAGGAUGCAGCCUCAAGCCGUCGGCCGGCGGUGGUAAGGGGGCUCCCGUCUCGCUUCUGCGCUGUUCAGACGAGACUGAGCCAGCCUGAAGCCGCCGUCGUCGUUG